AUGGCUCCCUGGUCGGCCACCAUGGUCAAGAACCUCGCCGAAGACAUCAAACACGUCAUCAAACAGCUCAAAAUGCGACGCAGUCGUCCCUUGACAGAAUUCCACCUCUUCCCCAAACUACCCAUCGAACUCCGCCGCGAGAUCUUCAAACACGCCGUCCCUGUCAACAAACACGAAAUCCUCUACCUCGAUCUCCAACUCCGUGCCGCCGACGAGGAAUUCGGUCUCUACUUCACGUUUGGCUUCAUGGUCGAAUGGCAACACCAGGUUGCGAAGAAGCUUGGCAGUCUGGCUUUACUGUCAACUUGUGUUGAAUCGCGGGAGGUUUAUAUUGAGAUGCACCGUGGUACCUUGCCACUUGGAUUUGGAAGGGUCAUUCGGUAUAACCCUGACAACACUACGAUAUUCAUCCCUCUUUUCGAAAAAUUCCGGGAUUCAUGUCACGAGGGCAUUCGAUACGGAUGGCGAUUACAGAAGUGGUUCACGGAGAUCAAACAUCUUGCUACGUCGCCGAAAAACUUGGUAGCGGAGAAGCAUCCUCAUGGGGCGUUUAUGGCGGCGUUUAAGAACUUGGAGACUUGGACUGCGGUUGUUGAUCCGCGGUCGGGGCAGACUUUGGCGAGCUGGGAACGGCUGAUGAGGGUUACGCAGAGGGACUUGGAAGCUUAUAAGAAGCUGGAAGAUCCGGCAUAUAAAGUUCCUCGAUUGCUCUUGAAUGUUGAUUAA